ACUAUUCUAUUCCCCCCUUUCCCCGCCCCUCCCCCCUCCCUUACAUCACUUUGUGCAUGUUGUGGAAGAGAUGUAACGGGACAUCGUUCUCUAUUAUUAAUAUUUUAUUUAUUAAUAUACCACCAGAUCCUAGGAUUUUAAAAUGAGUGACUCAGGGGAAGAACUUCCAGAUGUGGCCAUUGGGAGUGUCAGUGAGAUACUACCUUAUGUUCCCACUAAGAUAGAUGUAGAUGCUGAAAUUGAAGCAAACAAUGCACGAAAAGCAAGAAGGCAGCAAAUAACUGAAUUAAAUGAAGAAUAUAAUAAGCCCGCACUAGAGGCCACAGUUGAAGUAUAUGUUCCUAAACCAAAAAUUCAAACUCUUCCUUCCACUAGAGAUUUAUUUAAGUCUGAGAGAAGCUUGAUAUCUCUGAAUCAAGACAAUCUUACAACUCAACAAAUUUUUCCUUCACAAUACCAGAUUUGUACAUCAGAAAAUGCGGAUGAAUUUUUCUCUUGGAUUCGAUCUAAGCUGAAGAAUUCAAGUCAUGAUGUUAAAAGACAAUUCCUGCAGUACUUGUGGCUCUUACUUUCUUGCCAUUCUGAUCCGCUUGUUGCUCAAAAAUGUUGUGAUAUGCUGAUAGAGCAUAAUACAUUGUGGAGGUUGACGUAUGAAGAAGUUGUGUUAGUGUUUUGCAAUUGGGGUGUUGCACCAGAGGACUUUAUCACAGGCUUAGACCCAAGAGAUAUUAUUGCUACACUUGAGCCAUCUCCUGUAAUUUCUCCUUGCAAUGUUGAGAGUAUUCUCACUGUAUUGGACUGCCAGCUAAUGCUUAAGGACCUUGAAGGGUCUGAUAUCUCUUUGAAAGCAUUGUUUGCUUUUCUAGUGCUACUUCCUUUAGAUCAAAAAUUUUUGUCAUGCUUGUCAGUUGCUAUGAGAUGCUUGGAACAAUUAGCAACUUAUGCUGAAUCUCGCAAUUCAUCCUGGUUGGCAGACUACUGCAUGGAAAUUUUACGAAUCGAGUCGCAUCAUGCUCAUGUGGCGUUUCUACUAGAAUGUGUUGUGCCUGAGUCUAUGAGAUGGUGUAUAUGUUUGGCAUAUUGCCAAAAAAUAUUUUCUGUAGAGCAGACAUUCUUGGCUGAUCCAAAGCCCAAAAUUUUGAAAGAUCUUCUUUUGGAUCAUACUGAUGAGUUUAUGCAACUUGAGUCUUGGGAUUUGUAUUCCUUGAUAUCUAUUGUAGAUUCAGGGAUUUCUUGUGUUAUAGAUUAUGAAACUGACAAAAACAUCAAAAGAGGUUUCAUAAAAUGGUUGAGCCAGUAUAUGCUAAGAAGAAGUGAACGUAGAGGUGACCGCAAAAACGAAGAUAUUGAUGUUGAUGCAGCACUCCUAGCUGAGCUUGUCAGCCGAUUGCAAGCAGAAUGGGAGGCCAAGUGGCCUGAAGAAGAGCCUGGCAUUGAAAAUAUAAAUUUAGAUGAGGUUGAAAGUGAAGAUUCGAUUGAUGAUGAGGAUUAAUAGUAUUAAAUUAAAAAUUUGAGUCUGAUUUACCAAAUGUUAAUGACAACUGAUGUAGCACUUAUAAAAAUAUCUUUUUACCAAGGCAA